AUGAAGAGGGAAAGGGGGACCGGCGGGGCCUACAAGAAGAGGGCUGGUGGAGGCAGUACUUGGGGAGGUAAGACAAAACGCGAGCGGAAGGAGAAGCCAUGUCCCGCCUUCAAGAAAAUCAACGGCACCAACAUAAUCGUUGAUGGAUUCCAGUAUAAGUCCUACUCCAUAACGGCCAAGCUGAUGUUUAUCAAGCUGGGCGUCAGCCCCAACUACGUCCGUCCUCUAUCCAUGUUUACGCCACACAUGGUGGAAGGCACGGAAGUGACGCUACUCCCGGCCAAUCACUGCCCCGGAGCGGUGCUGCUGCUGUUCAAGGUCGAUGGGCGCUAUAUCCUGCACGUGGGCGACUUUCGAUACCAUCCGAACAUGCAGAGCUACGACGAGCUUCGGCGCAACGAAAUACACAAGCGGGUCGUGGAACUCGUGCUCCGAGAGAAACGGGAAUCGACUCUGUUCUUGGUGGGCACGUAUUGUAUAGGCAAGGAGGAGGUGUUUUGCGGUAUUGCUCGGACAGACCAGUCGGUGAGGGACCCGCGUUAA